AUGACAGCUCAGGAGCCGUCAGUCUCGCCGCAAAACGACAAACUGUCCAAUAAUCCCUCCUCAGAACCACCAGCAAAGGUUUCUGAGGCGAAUGGUAGCUCCAACCAGGCCGCCAAGGUCAAUGGAAUACACGAAGACUCCACCGCUUCUGCCAGCAACGCCUCGAUAGGACGAAGUAACCAGGAUGGCGCAGCGUCGGGUGCAGAAGCGGAGAACUCAGUGGCGUCGCAGGAUGCGUCCAAGUCGUCAGCGCCAAUGGCAAAAGUCCCAGCUUCUGAGCCUGCAACGGAGGAGAAAGCAACUGUUUCUACCAAGGAAAAUGGAGCUACUCCGAAUGGGUCAGGUGCCGCGCGAGACGCUCCUGGAGAUCUAUCCAAACGAGAUAAACCUUCCAAUGGGACCCAUCCUGCUCCUGUUCCGAUAGCGAAGAAGUCGAAGUCACCUAAUUCUCAAAACAGGCCUUCCUUUUUUGUGAAACUCGUUUACAAGCUCGUGCCGUGUGUUGGUCCGUCAAAGGCUCACGAGUCGCAACCGGAGUCUCCCACCCAACCCGAGCAGAGUACCUCGAACGAGAAGGCCAAGGCUGAAGACCCUCCGACCCAAGCUCCCGCCCCACCGAAGAAAGAUGUGGAGACAUCUGAGAAAACGUUGCCCGUGUCCUCUGACACAGCCGAAUCCUCAAAGAUUGCGAUCGUUAUUCCACCACCCAUCAGCACAACGCCUCCCCCAAUCUCAGACUCCGAUAUAAUAAUACCUCCAACCCCAACGUCACAACUACUCCCCGAAGAGGAAACGGGAGGAGUGACUGCUGGGGCAGUCCAGGCACCUGGAUCCACGGGCGGUAGCAGCAUCCAUAUCCACCACGAACACAAAAAGAGAGACUCGACUAUUGCCACAAACGGCGUUGGUGAUGGGGACGAGUCUGAGGCAACGAGUUUCGAUACAGACGAAGAGCUAGACGAUACACGUCAAGACGAAAUGGAAGACGAUGAAGAUAUCCUUAUAUUGCGAGGCGGAGCGGGGAUUCCUAUCGGACCAGACGGCGUGCCAAAACCACUUCUGCCUCCGAUUGCCCCUCAACAUGUUGGCAGGAAGUGUCUGGUUCUUGACCUUGAUGAGACCCUAGUGCACAGCAGUUUCAAGUCUAUUCAACAAGCGGAUUAUGUCGUCCCUGUUGAGAUUGAAUACCACUGGCACAAUGUCUAUGUGAUCAAGCGCCCUGGAGUGGACAACUUCCUGAAAAAAAUGGGUGAAAUCUACGAAGUCGUAGUCUUCACCGCCAGUCUCAGCAAGUACGCCGACCCGGUACUUGACAAAUUGGACAUCCACCAAGUUGUCAGCCAUCGACUUUUCCGAGAAAGUUGUUACAAUCAUAAGGGUAACUAUGUUAAAGAUUUGUCGCAACUUGGCCGUCCAAUAGGGGACACCAUUAUCCUGGACAACUCACCCGCGUCCUACAUUUUCCAUCCCAACAACGCCGUCCCCGUCUCAUCAUGGUUCAACGAUCCUCACGAUACGGAACUUACCGAUUUAGUCCCCUUCCUUACCGACCUAAGCACGGUCGACGACGUUCGCGGGGUCCUAGACGGUGCGCGAUAG